GCAAUUCUUAAUCGUUUUCCGCAUUGUGUUAUCUACCCGAAAAUGAAUAAUUCAAACAGAUAUCAAGAAACAGUUACGCAUUUGGGAGCGUGGUUAGAUGCUUAAAUAAUUGUUUGAUUUAUCGUAAUUUGUGAUAUAUAUAUAUAUAUAUAUAUAUUUAAUGUUGCUAUUUAGAACUCACUUAUAAUUACUAUUUUCCCUGUAUUCUUACACAUAAAUUUAAAGGAAGAUGACUCUUAAGUUUACCUUAACACAUUUUCCUUUCAGAAUUUUUUCCUUUUUGUUUCUAAUAUGGGGAAAUUCUCGAUAUGCACCUGUUGGCAGAGGUGCAGGAUUUUACUGUGAUGAUGAAAGUAUCAAGAAACCCUACUCAGGUGAUUCUAUUCAUUUUGUGCAGCUGCUUGCUGUUUUACUAGGAAUCUGUGGUAUACUUAUUUCUAUAUCUGAAGUUCUUCUACAAAAUUCUGAAGUUGGAAUAAAGCCCAGACGUUGCUUAUAUUUGAAGUAUUACUACACUGGAAUUCUUUAUGUUUUAGCAGUGACUGAACUCCUAAAACUCUUUUUUAGUAAACCACGUCCUCAUUUUCUUGACUCGUGUGUUCCUGAUAUGAGUGGCAUUAAGUGUUCUGAUGGGUAUAUUACAUCAUUUAAUUGCACAGGAAAAGGACCACGAUGGCUUGUAGAAAGAGAUAUUUACAAGUCAUUUCCUUCUGGACAUUCUUCUCUUUCAUCUUAUGCAUUUGUAUUUAUUGCUAUGUAUACUUAUUCAAAAGCAGAGCAUUGCAAAAAUACUCCUUUGUGUACCUGGUGGAUUCGAUGUAUUCCUCUUUUGUCUUUAAUAUGGACCAUAGUCUGCUGUAUAUCAAGGAUUUUGGAUAACAGACAUUUUUUGCUGGAUGUAUUAACAGGCUUCUUUAUUGGUGUCAUUGGUGGUUUAAUAACUGUGAAAAUUUGUUUAAAGAGAACAUCACAAGCACCUUUAGAGAAAAUUUCUAAAUAAGAAAUGGUGUCAAACGUGCGAAUUACGGCGCAGUGUGUUCCUGGUGUUUGCAUAGAAAUUUCUGCAUUAUCAUACAUAAAAUAUUUGAUCAUACCCUGUGAUUUUUAAUGAUUUUUUUUUUUUUAUUUAAAUUCUUUUUCAGUGGGUGUAUCAGAAAGAUACAAUAUUAGAAAAAUGAGUGAUAGAAUCAUGUAUAUAAAAGAACUGUAACUUCCAGAGAAAAAAGAAACUCUUUAUGAAUGGUUCACUUUUGAUGAGAGAUUAGUUCUGAAAUAAGGUUUUAAUUAAAGAUUAUAUAUCAAAAUGUGUAGAAAAAGCCUAUUAAUGCCUAUUUCAAUACUUAAAAUUAUAAUAAGUGCCUUUAUAAAGCAUAUAAAUGCUGUUUUAUUCUAAAGUGUCCACAAUUUUCCAUUCUUUGUCAGUAAAUUGCAACUGUUACAAAAUAAAUAAAUAAAUAAAGAAAAAAGCUUUUAUAAAAAUAUUUUUUGUAAGUGCACUCAGAAAUAUGAUAUGAAAAGUGAUGUGGCUCCAUUAUUCACUGUUUAUGCUUGUGUACUGUCAAACUUGGUUACAAGAACCUCUAGAAACCCAACAAAGUUUAAUUAUUUUAAUCAUUAUUUAGAUCUCAUUCAAGUAUUAAAUCUUUUUUCACUUCUUUUAUUCAGUAACUUUAUAAAUAUAUAUUCAAGAUGUAAAAAUAUCAGAAAAAAUGUAUACUUACCUGUAUGCUGUUCAUGUUAAUAUGCUUGGACUAUCACUAAAUAUUAUAUAUCCUUAAUUUAAAAUCACAUACAGUUGAAGCUCAUUAUAAUGCCUCUUCAUUAUAGUGACUGUUUCGUACAGUGAUCAUAAAGAGUCCCCUUCUGCAUUCACUGUAGAGAUUGCUUAUUAUAAUAACCUUGCUCUUGAGGAUGCAAGGAGUCAUUAAAAUGUGCAUUGAAUUGCACUUACUAAGUUGAGUGUUUUCUCUGCUUUGAAAGUAUUAAUAAGAAGAAAUUUUGUGAAUGUUUGUAAAAGCGAUAUUUCUUUGAACUUGAUGAUAAAUUAUAAUUUGAUUUUGGUGCAGUUUUUAAAUUUGUUGUAUAGAUUAGCAAGUUAAUGUGUUAAAAAAAAAGUCUUGCUAUGCAUUAAGAUUCAAAACUUCUAAACAUUAAGUUUAUCAUUUUUCUAAUUUAUGCUUCCAUAAGAAUUAUGUGCAUAAGAACUGCUAUAAUUUUAGUGAAAUAUAAUGGCAAUGAGAAAUAUCAUUUUUGCAUGCAAAUCACAGAUUAUCAUUCUUUUGAAAAUACUGAACAACAAAUACAGUAAACUUGUGUAACAUUCACAUAAUCUUUGAGGGCAUACGGUUAUGUAAUUAUGGUAAAAGAUAAAAAUGCUACUUAGAAGUAAAAUACAUAUUUUCAUAGGAAAAAUGGCAUGUAUAAGAAUGUUGUUAAGUUGGCAUAUCUAAGUUGACGUGGGUGGAAAAUGUUGUCAGUUUUAUCAUAGAGGGUAAUAAAAGGCUUUGUGUGUUUGCGGGAUUGUAUCUGUUGUCAGUUAUGUUUAUAUUUAGAUGAAUAAUUUCCGAGGAAGAAUUUGUACAUUUGUGUGUAUUUAUAAGUGAGCUGUUAUUAUACGAUUGCUGAAACUUUCUCUUAAACUGAUGUGGCUGUUGUCCUUGAAGCUCAUAAUACUAAUGUAUCAUGUAUAAUUUUUAUUCAUUUGACAUUAUACAAUUUUUAAUCAUACCCUUCAUUAUUCUUUACAUAUUUAGAUUAUUACUUAAUUUAUGAUACAGUACAAAGUCAGUAAUACGGACUCCUCGGGACUUCGGUGAUUCCAGAUUAUAGAUCAUAAAUUUAAAUCUGGUAAGAUAGCAUGCAGAUUAUACAA